ACCUGUAGUGCGUGCUGCCACUGGUUCUCCGCAUCACUGUUUCCAUCGUUUUUACGAGCUGUCUCAUAUGCAGCGUACAAUCGAACGGGGAUUUUCUUUAUUUUUUAACAUUCCGCUGUCCUCCCUCUCCCCCUCGCAGAUUUUCAUUGCUUGGAUCCUGGUCUGCACGAGGCUGUAGGACGGUGCCCGUCGAUUCGUUCAGAACAAAAUGUAUAUGUGACAGGCUCUCCACCUUCGCCAUUUUAGCACGUCUAAAUCCCGACAUGAACAUGGACAAGACGCUAGUGCCCUCUGUGACGCUCAUUGUGGGCUGUGGGGUUUCCUCACUGACGUUGCUGCUUCUAAUCAUCAUUUAUGUUUCCGUUUGGAGGUACAUCCGCUCUGAGCGCUCCGUCAUCCUGAUCAACUUCUGCCUCUCCAUCAUCUCCUCCAAUGCCCUCAUUCUGAUUGGGCAGACCCAAACGCGAAACAAGGUGGUCUGCACACUGGUCGCUGCCUUUCUUCACUUCUUCUUCCUGUCCUCCUUCUGCUGGGUGCUCACAGAGGCAUGGCAGUCCUACAUGGCUGUUAUGGGACGCCUUCGAAACAGAAUAAUCCGGAAGCGUUUCCUGUGCUUGGGCUGGGGUUUGCCUGCUUUGGUAGUUGCUGUCUCCGUGGGCUUCACUAAGGCCAAGGGAUAUGGCACUCUCAACUACUGCUGGCUUUCUCUGGAAGGAGGGCUCCUCUAUGCAUUUGUGGGACCCGCAGCUGCUGUAGUACUGGUUAACAUGGUUAUUGGGAUUCUGGUUUUUAACAAACUUGUGUCCAAAGAUGGCAUCACUGAUAUGAAACUGAAGGAGCGGGCAGGUCAGGUGACAGUCCCUCUGUACAGUAUGACGCUCAAAUGUGCCAAGUGCGGAGUAAUCUCGUCGGCUGAUGUGUCCACCACAGCUACCAGUAACGCCAUGGCAUCGCUGUGGAGCUCGUGUGUGGUCUUGCCCUUGCUUGCCCUCACCUGGAUGUCAGCUGUGCUGGCCAUCACCGACCGCCGCUCUGCCCUUUUUCAGAUUCUCUUUGCAGUAUUUGACUCCCUGGAGGGUUUCGUCAUUGUCAUGGUCCACUGUAUCCUUCGUAGAGAGGUUCAGGAGGCGGUUAAAUGCAGAGUAGUUGACCGUCAGGAGGAUGGAAAUGGUGAUUCUGGCGGCUCCUUCCAGAAUGGCCAUGCGCAGCUCAUGACUGACUUUGAGAAAGAUGUUGACAUGGCCUGCAGAUCAGGUACUCUGAAGCGGCCUUCUCUACAGGGUGAUGAGAAAACAGGACCCCAACAGCUCACACUUCAGAAGGGUUCGAACUUCAAUACUCUGCCCGCCAGCAUGGCUAAGGUGCAUCUACAGAAUGUGGCUGACUAUGCCAGUCACACGCUCACUCUGAAGAGAGACAAAGGUGCUGGUGCCCGGGAGCUGCCUGGCGCUAAGUCCAUCUACAUCUGUGAUGGGGAGCUCUUCAAGCAGAUGGAUGCAGAUCUGACUUGUGGGCCUGCCGAAGCUCCCGCAGCCCCCGAAAACAGCAGCUAUGUGCUGCUGCCCAGUAACACAUCCACAUUGCGGGCGAAGCCCAAGGAGGACCCUGGAAAAUAUAACAUGAAUAUCGAGCAGCUGCCCCAGACCCGACUCAUCCACCUGAGCAACCCUGCUGCAGAGCCAGCACCGGGCUUCAGCCUCAAGGCCCUGCCUGCUGAACAUGUCAGUGUAUCCUGCUCGGAGAAGGAGGCACCUGCCCAAAAUGCGCAGAACAUAUCCAGUGAGUCACAGAUGACUAACAGCCUUGGUGAGGCUGGUGACUCAGGGAACUCCGGUAUGAUGUCCAAGAGUGAGACUGUGUCAACACUCUCCAUGAGCUCCUUGGAGAGACGGAAAUCUCGCUAUGCUGAACUAGACUUUGAGAAGAUCAUGCACACACGGAAACGACAUCAAGACAUGUUUCAGGACCUAAAUAGGAAGCUGCAACAUGCUGAGAAAGACCGAGAAUCCCCACCCAUUGAUGGCAAGCCUGGUAAGCGAUGGAGUGUUUCCUCUGGCGGCAGUGACAAAACCAAUCUUAGUGACAAACAGCAGACUCCCAGCAAACGGGCCUGGGAGGGCAUUCGCAAGACACACUCUCCCCCCUCUUGGGUGCGCAAGGACCUGGAGCCUGUUCAGGCCUCACCAUUAGAGCUUAAGAGUGUGGAGUGGGAAAAGGCCAGUGCUACCAUACCCCUGGUUGGCCAGGAGAUCAUCGACCUGCAGACAGAAGUCUGACCAGAGCUUGAAAACAUCCAGUAGAGCCCCAUCUUCUCUUCAUUUCAUUUGAGGUUGAAACUAACAGACUUACAGUACAGGGGAAAGAGGACCAAAAGAAAGAGAGAAUUACAGAAUGCAGAGGACCCUCAACUCCAUCUUUAGAAAGAGAAUUAGAAGGGGAAAUUACUUAUCCUUUCUUUAUUUAUUUAUUAUUAUUUUUUUUUACUUUGAUACCAGAAUCGCCUUUUCCUUAUACUGACAAAAGGACAGAACAUCGAAAAGUGACUUUUUUUCUAUGAAAAAGUUAUGGAAAGGAGUGUGAACUGAUGCCAAGAAAGAAACAUACAGGUUCCACGUGUUUCUGCAGAGAAAGACUUCAGCAUUCUGUCAGUGCUAAACAAGGGUAGGAUUCCCUUGCAACGUCUCUUUCAUUGGUUGGUUGUGGUCAGGCAAGUGAGACACAGAGGGACCACCCUCCCCCCUCCCCAUAUGUGGGGAAAACCAAACUCUGGUCUGUUUCCAUUAUUAUUCUUUUCCAUUCUUGUUGAUUUACAUACUGUUAUUUUUUCUGCUUAAUGUAAUGAGUCAGCUGAAGACUGUAAGGCCUAUAUGGCAUAAUAAGCUGUCUACAGUCUAUUACAGUGGAUUUCAUCAGUCAUUAUUACAAUGAAAAAAAAACAAUGGCCCUAAUUGUUACUGUUUCACUGUUUUGUAUCAUAUUAUCUAUAUUAUAACAACACACAUUUACACCCUCCCCUCAUCUUUACUGAUAUACCAGUUCCUCCUUUUGGUCUCUUAGAAAUAUGUGAACUAGUAAUACUAAAAUUCUAACAAUCAAGCAAUUUAAACUCAAAACAUCAUUCAGGCCAGACAGUGGACAAGAGCAGGUGGAUUGGGAAAAUGCUCCACUCCUGGCGACUCAAUCCCAGCGAGCAUGUUAGCUGUCCAUGCAAGGAGCCUGAUGCACUGCCCUGUGGAAUGAAAGGAAAAACGGACCACUGCCUCAGCAAGACUGUUACGCAGCAGCAGGCGCCACACUGGCCACCCUCUGCAAGGCCCCCUACAAUGGGUGCAGUGGUGGUGGCCCUGACAGCGGCGUAGUGCUGGCAGGCAUUGGCGGCUGCCUCACAUGCAGACAGAUGUGGAGUGCCCUGUGAAAGGGUUGGAUCACAGGAAAAAGAUUUAAAGGACUAAAUGUUUGACAAAGUAUAUAUAAAUACUUAUUUGUUAAAAUGAACAUUUAUAAAUAUAUACAUUUGAAACUGCAGAAACUGUGACAGUAAUUCAAAUUUUUUUGGUUGCACUCAGAGAAAGCACAAAGCUCUUUAUAGAGAGUCCUGCUGUACAGUACUGUAAUUAUUUAAACAGAAUAACAAAGAAUGAAUUUUAGCCUAUACAUAUCUUUCUACUGUGUUUUAGGAUUUUCAUGUUUCUUUUAUUUUUUUUUUCCCACCCCCCAAUUUUUUGGGUUACUGGACUAUAAUAGUGUUCUGUAACUAAUGUAAUGGUGUGUGUUUUAAUAUCAUUGUCUGUACCUUAGCCACUUUCCCCCCGGCCUUCUCUGAAAUAGACUUUUGUUUUGUCUCUUUUAUUUUAUUGAUUGCAACUCUUUGUUAAUGUACAGUUUCGGAGCACAAAAACUGAAUGUGUCUCAUUUCUAAUAAAAGAUAUAUCUAUAUUA